UUAUUUCUAGAGUUGUAUGUGUUGAAAAGACACACUAGGUAUUAACGAAAAGAAGGUAGAUGACUGAGAGGGGGGAAUUACUUUGACAUGGGUUAAUGGAUCAGCACCUGAAUUGCCAUUUGGGGCUGGAGGAUGAGGAGGAGGAUUUGUAUUUAGUUAGCAAAUAAGGGGAGUUUGCUUUGAGCCACUCUUCCUUUUGGGGUCCACUGAAUGUGAAGUAAGCAGUCUCUGACACAGUUUCUUUUCAAAAGUGACUUUGUGAAGAGAGAAUCUGUGGUAUGCUGUUCCUUGCUGCAGCUACAUGUAUUUGUAAAGAAAAUAUGCUCUUUAUUAAAUUCAUUUCUAGACUGCUGACCUGCUGUAACGGAAAGGAAUUUCUCUUUGAGUUUGGGCGAUGCUAAAAUUGCUAUAUUACAUUUAUAUGGCCCCCACUCCCCCCAUAUCUGCAUUGUUCAGUUUACUUUGUGGCAUGAAACUUUUUAAAAUUAUUAGCUAAAAUAAGAGUAAGCAGUUAAAAUUGUGGAAAUUCCAUGUGCUGGUAGUCUGCAGAACAUGAGCUGUGCACUCGCAUUUUCAGUGUUUGUACUGCUUGGUGCAGCUGCCAGUGGUGUUUGUCUCUUUGGAAGGAAUGAAUUCUUAUGGAAACUGUUAAUGGAAAUUGGUGGAGCCUUGGAGAAUAAAAUAUGUUAUUUCAGGACAAUUCAGUGAAGGAUGACAAUAGGAAACUGACUUAUGUUAUGAUGUAACUUGGUAUGCUGUGCCUUUUUGUGUUUGGCUGUUAUAUUCCCUUGUCUAAGGUCCAUUUGGCUGUUUGUAACUCACAAGCUCAUCUAACUCAUCUUUUUGCCUUUUCUCCCUUCUGUCUGUCUCCUCAAAUACCUGAUAGCUCAGUGGUUUUGUUGCUUUGUUUUUGGUUUUGGAGUUAUUUUUUGUUUUUUUUCUUUCCCAGCCCCUGAUAUAAAGGGCAUAUUGUAAUGUCAGCUGGCAGGGAAGUAGAUGGGAAUUGGACCUGUGUUCCACUGGUUCUGCCUUGCUUUUUGUGGCUUUUAGGCAGGUAUUGUAACCCUCUGUAACUGUAGAGCUACUGUUACCUAUAAUCAAAAGAGAGAAAAAACCCUUGCAACAGUGUUAGAAUAGUAACAAACAGACCUUUCUUUGGAAGCUUCCAAGUGUCCAGUCAUGGUGGGCACACCUGGCAACAGAUUUGUACUGUUAAAAGGUUAAUUAAUUAGGGUAUCUAACAGGUACACCCAGGAGAUUCAGUUGCCCCAGUAACCUAUCCCUGGGUCAGCCCCUUGGAGCUGGUCCAAGGGGUCUCUGCCCACUUCUUAUUGUGUCUUAUUGUAGGUCCCCUGCUUAGAGUAAGACUGAACAAUAUUCCAGGAAUGUGUUUAGAAGGUCAGCUUAUUGUUCUAAAGUCUAAGAGAAAGGGUAGGAAAAGUACCAGAGUUAAUUAAGGAGCUACAUAACUAUAUAAUAGUAGUCUACAGAGCUGCAAAUUUAUGAAAAGUGUAUAAAAAGCAAAACUCUUUUUCGCAUUACUACCAGCCUAUUAUUUUACCCUAGGGAUGUGGCAGGUUCAUGGCUAGAAAUGGAAAAAGCUCAUUUGAACCCAUCUUGGUCUAGUACUUUUCCUGACCCAAGUUUGUGCUGAGGAGCAGACAAUCCCUGGCUGUGAUUUGCUGUUCAUCCUUCAGCUAUUCAUCCUUUCACAGCCAGCAAGAAAGGGAAGACAACAAGAAUAUAAUUGUUACCAGUGCUUGAAUAGAAUAACAAGACAUCUUUCCUGCAAAGAGCAGAGGUGUUGUAUCAGUGAACUACCCAAGCUGGGCAGGUAAAGGUUAAGUUCUGUUUUGACAUUGGUGGUGUUAAAACACUUUAGCAUAGGAGCAGGACAUAUAUCAGGGGUCUGGAAGUGGCAUUCACAAUCAGGUCUUAGCCUUGUCAAAAAUAAGUCUUUCUCAUUGGACCAGGGAGCUCCUUGAACACAAGGGAAGGUUUUGCUCUUUCAAAUUCUAGUAUGCUGACUUCAGUAUUCCAUUUCUGUGGGAAUUCUGCUUGCUCUUUUCAAGAGUCUUUAAGAUGGAAAAAUUAGAGGACUUAGGCAUUUAGUUUCCAGGAGUUACUGAACUCAUGCUGUGCCUUUUGAUUAUUUUGUUCAGAAUUAAGACACUAGUGAUUUACUGUGAAGAAUUUAAUAAUUUGUCAUUCACUUUUUUAAUCUGAAGAUGAGGAAAUUUAUAGACAAAUUUAUCUCUAGGAGUGUUCUCUACAUUAUACAUACCAGAACCUGUUGAAAGAUGAAAGAAUUGUUCAUUGUAUUGAGGUCAUUGAAUUGGGGACGGAAUGGAAUUAGAUAUAUAGAACUGAUUGUCUUACUGGUGAAUGAGCCAUUUUUCAAUCUGAGAAUUAAUGUAUUGGUAUCAGAGAAGAUGGGAUUAUUUUAGAGUUCUUGUCAGUUUUUCUCCUUAGUAAUUUUAAAAAGCAUGUCAAACUCAGCAUGUUGGAUGUGUCACAAUUGAGUAGGUUUAAAAAACACUAAACACAUCAAAAAAACACCUUGAAAUAUGAAUUCUUCUCCUGCCCCAGCAAAACUUGCUUUGUUGCCAUAUUAGAGUUUGCUCUAUAUUAUGUUUUCUUCCAGCUUCCAGGUAGGUAACUUCUGUAUAUUGCUGAAUUUUACUUGAUCCCAUUACAACUUCUGAUUCCCAGCUUUGUGCCUUGCCCCAGUUGGUGUUUGGAUAUUGCUAUUGGUUUGUUCUGCCUGGGCUGGCAUAGAGAUGCAUGAGAGAAUUGCCCUUGGUUUCUCUAAUUCCUUCAUGACAACCCAGACCUUCUGCCCUGUUGCCUCCAAUGUUGCACAGCAGCAUGAGAGAUCUUGGAGCUUGUCUUUCCAAAGUACUCGGGAAGACUUUCUCUGCUAGCUGGGAGGUUCAGCAGAUUCAGCCAGCUGGCUGCCUGGGGCAGAGUGGCAGUGCUUCGUUUCUAGCUUAAGCCUGGUUUGGGCUGGCUUGGAGGGACUUGGAGAAACCAAAAUAAGCAGGUAAGAAAUGAUCCUUCUUUUCCCCAGGUGCUUAUGGACCUGCACAGAUGACAAAAGUAUAAUGGAAGAAGCCAUCACAGACAUGGUAGAAAGGACGACCUAAUGUGAAAAAUAAGCCUUAAACAAACACUCCCCAUGCUCUGUAAAAUUUCCUAGAGGAACUGAAUACUUUUUCCAGGUUAAAUUCCCUAAAACAUAGGCUUCUAAAUACCUUCCAAAAGUAAUUUAAAGUUUAAUGCUGUGUAUGUGAACCUGAAUUCCUUGGACAUAAUGAAUAAAUAGUUCUAUAAUAGUGGAAAAUAAAAGAUCAAAUGUCUAAUACCUGGUUAUCUAGAGAGUAAUUUUCUGUGAUAUUUUAAUAAAUUGUGAGAUUUCAGAAGUAGCUGAUGACUUAAAUUUUGAAAAGUCAUGACCUUAGUCUUUAAAAUCUUGUUGGUUUUGCAGAUUGUCUUAAACUGUAAGCUAAUUAUCCUUUCUGCUGUGUGGGUUGAAAGAAGAAAAGGAGACCAGCUUGUCCAGUGAAGAUGCACUCUUAGUCUUCAGCUAUUUAAGCUGAAUGCAUUGUGAUUUCCAAUAAUUGAGACAGUGAUUCUGAAAGCUGUCUACAUUAAUGAAAAGAACAAUGUAGUCAGCUUAACUGAAUCAUCAGUGUUGCAUAUUGAAUAGGACAUGAUAAACCAAUCCUGAUGGACUUAUGCAUGUUAGGAAUAUAGGGAUAAACAUUUAUUAAAGCAUUGUUUUUUUUAAAACAGUAGUUUUAAAAAUGGAGAGCUAUGAAAAUGUACCACCCCUCCCUAAAGAACCUGCAAGAGAAUUGAAUGUGGAGAAUCACUCUUGUCGCCCACCUCUGCCGCCCAACGAACAGCCUCCACCACCUCCCCUGCAAACGUCCAGUGACGCAGAGGUAAUGGACGUUGGCUCUGGUGGUGAUGGACAGUCAGAUACCCCUGCUGGGGACACGCACAGUCUCUGCAGAACACAGCUGCUCACAAAGGGAUCUGCCUGCUACAAAAGUCGUCUUAUCAUAGACCCCAACAGUAGUGACCAAAGCCCGAGAACUGCUCGUCACGCACCGUCAGUUCGAAAGUUCACCCCAGAUCUUAAGUUACUGAAGGAUGUGAAGAUUAGUGUUAGCUUUACAGAAAGCUGCAAAAGCAAAGAUAGGAAAGUUCUGUACACUGGAGUUGAGCAGGAUUAUAAGGCAGAUACAGAGUUUGGUGCUAAUAAUGUCAAUGGGGAUUUGCAUGUUUGUCCUUUUGGUGGUAGUAAUGGUAAAGCUGCAGGGAUAGGGGGUGAAAGUGAUGACAAGAAGGAUGAUGAAAAUGAUAUUGAUCAGGAAAAGAGAGUGGAAUUUGCAGUUCUGGAUGAGCUAGAAGACUUUACCGACAAUUUGAUGGAAAUAGAUGAAGAAGGAGGAGGGUUCACGUCUAAAGCAAUCGUUCAAAGAGAUAAAGUGGAUGAAGAAACCUUGAAUUUCUCCUAUGAGGAUGACUUUGAUAAUGAUGUGGAUGCUCUGCUGGAAGAGGGUCUUCGAGCACCCAAGACAAGGAGACUAGAUAAUGAGAAAUACGGUGGUGAAAGUGAUCACCAGUCUGAUGGAGAGACAAGCGUGCAGCCAAUGAUGACCAAAAUUAAAACUGUACUGAAGAGUCGUGGCCGCCCUCCUACAGAACCUUUGCCAGAUGGAUGGAUCAUGACAUUCCAUAAUUCGGGCAUUCCUGUAUAUCUGCACAGAGAAUCUAGAGUUGUUACCUGGUCUAGACCUUAUUUUUUGGGAACAGGAAGCAUAAGGAAACAUGAUCCUCCCCUUAGUAGCAUUCCCUGCUUUCAUUACAAAAAAAUGAAAGAAAAUGAGGAAAGGGAACAAAACAAUGACAUAACCCCAAACGGGGAAGUAUCACCUGUAAAGCAUCUAGAUAAAUCCUCAGAACUGGACUGCCAAACAGAAGAACCAGAUUCCACUGCUGCUGAUUCUGGGCCUUUAGAUGACAAAGACCCUUCUGGGGGAGAUGCAGCACAAGGAGCUUUGGGACAAGUGAAGGCCAAAGUUGAAGUAUGUAAAGAUGAAUCUGUAGAUCUGGAAGAUUUUAGACGCUAUCUCGAAAAGCGUUUUGACUUCGAACAAGUGACUGUAAAAAAAUUCCGGACCUGGGCCGAGCGACGCCAGUUCAACCGAGAGAUGAAGCGGAAGCAGGCGGAGUCCGAGCGGCCCAUCCUGCCGGCCAACCAGAAACUCAUCACCCUGUCUGUGCAGGAUGCACCUAUAAAGAAAGAGUUUGUCAUAAAUCCCAAUGGGAAGUCUGAAGUUUGCAUCUUGCAUGAAUAUAUGCAACGAGUCCUAAAGGUUCGCCCUGUUUACAAUUUCUUUGAAUGUGAGAACCCAAGUGAACCUUUUGGAGCCUCAGUGAUUAUUGAUGGAGUAACUUAUGGGGCAGGAACUGCCAGCAGCAAAAAACUUGCCAAGAAUAAAGCUGCUCGAGCUACACUGGAAAUCCUUAUUCCUGACUUUGUUAAACAGACCUCUGAGGAGAAGCCCAAAGACAGUCAAGAACUUGAGUAUUUUAACCAUAUCAGUAUUGAGGACUCACGGGUAUAUGAACUCACCAGUAAAGCUGGACUCUUGUCUCCAUAUCAGAUUCUCCAUGAGUGCCUUAAAAGAAACCACGGAAUGGGUGAUACAUCCAUAAAGUUUGAAGUGAUUCCUGGAAAAAAUCAGAAGAGUGAAUAUGUCAUGACUUGUGGCAAGCACACAGUGCGAGGCUGGUGCAAAAAUAAAAGAGUAGGGAAGCAAUUGGCUUCUCAGAAAAUCCUUCAGCUACUGCAUCCACAUGUGAAAAAUUGGGGCUCUCUCUUGCGAAUGUAUGGCAGAGAGAAUAGCAAGCUGGUUAAACAGGAAACCUCUGAUAGAAGUGUGAUAGAACUUCAGCAGUAUGCCAAAAAGAACAAGCCAAAUCUGCACAUCCUGAACAAGUUACAGGAAGAAAUGAAAAAACUGGCACAGGAAAGAGAGGAAACCCGAAAGAAACCCAAGAUGACAGUAGUGGAAUCAGCUCAACCUGGUAGCGAACCUCUCUGUACUGUUGAUGUUUAAUGAGAAAAUGUGCAAGUGAGGAGCAAUAACACAAAUGGAGGAGCUAGAUUUUCAACAACUAUUUAAAAAUUGUUUGCUGCAGAAUGCAAGAUAACUUUUAAAAUCCAAGCUGCUUCAGUUAUGCAUUGUUUGUUUUGCAUCAUCAGGGCAAUAUUGCUUUUUCCUAGUUUCUUUUUCUUUGGUUUUUUUUUUUUUUCCUUGUUUAAUACCUCUGAGAUAUGUACGUUUAAAGAAUUGAUCCUAAAGAUCUCUACUGGGGCAAAUGCACAGAGGACAGGCAUGUUCACACAGGAUAAAACCAAUCAAGCACUUUCUCCUGGAAAGCCAUCCAUGUUGUUUGAAAUGGAUGUAUUUUAAGUAUGAAAUUCAGAAUAUCUAUGUACAGGUUGAAGCUGAUAUUAUAUAUAUACACAUUCAUAUAUAUGUAUAUAUAAAAGAAGUAUAUGUACAUCUUCUUGUAUGAACAUGCCUAAAACUAUUUUUGUGAAAAGUUUUGUUGCAUUUCAGCACAUAAUAAUAUGCACUGAUAAGACACUUUGGUGACAAAUACAGGAAAGUGAUGAGCAAUGUUUCUAAUGCCAUAGGAUUAGGCCAGUAACGCUGUUCCUUUUUGUCUUGUUUCUUGUCUCCUGCCAGGCUUAGUUAUUUGAGAUUAGAAGAUGCAGAUUUUGUUAUUACUUGAAAAGAACAAGAAUACCUGGUAGUGUUAAGAGUAACAGGUUGGAGAUUCAAAAUUACUGGGGUUUAUUUUAAAUGAAAAGAGCCUGUGUUGGUUUACAGAUAAGUUGAACAGGGAAAAUAUGGCCCCGCUUAUAUGAUUAAAAUAAAAACUGUAAUUUGAAAGGCUGUUUUCAAAGCUUGGAGCCAAAAUGCAGCUGAUGAUGGUUGAUAGUCUGAAAAUAUUUUGCCAAUGACUUUCCACUCCCUUUUCCCAGCAAUAAAACAAUUUCUCAUUUGUUUGGUGUCAGAUGGCAUCUGACUUGAUCAGUUAAGUCUUAAUUAAUUUGCACCAUAAAAGCAAAGACUUUAGAAAAAAAAUGAACACAACUCUUAAGUCCGACUGCAGCAAUUUAGAUUUUUAAGAAGUUUUUAUUUUUACUUUUUUAAUUACAUUUUUAGUUUUUAAAGAAAGUCUGUAACUUCUGUAAUGAAAACUAGACUGUAGAUUUGGAAUAUGACCUAGAGUAAUAAGUAGAAUGAGACCAUAACCAAUUAUACUCAUAAAUAAGAAAAUCACAAAUAUGCAACUACUCUAAAGUACAAUCCUGGCAAACAGGCAGUACUCACUGUGUCAUCUGAGGCUUUAUUAAGCCAAGCACAAAAGAAGUAGUGUGGCUGUGUGAAAGUACUGCUUUGUGGGUUUCACACGGGGUUCACUGGGUGACUGCAGGAACUCUUCUCUUGCAACCAUUUUUUGGUUUGGUCUGAAAGAAGAGAGCGAAAGCCAAGUUGGUGGCAGGGCUGCAGUGACUUAUCCAGGAGCUGCACUGCUCCAUUUUUACACUCCUUCUGCUCCUGUUGGGAAUGAAAGGUCAGUUCUCUGUACCUGCUGCAGCUCCUGGUACUUAUAUUGACAGGGAUCUAGGAGCUCGAGGGUGUUUGUUUGUUUGUUUUUAAUCUGAUUUUGGUGUGGUUUUGUUUUUUAAAUGACCAUGUUACAUAGAGAGUGCUGCAGUAUAUUGAAUUUAGUGCCUACUGGAUUUUAAAAAUGUUGGCAUCAGUAUUGUAAGACCUCCUUUUAACAUCACACAUUACUUUGGAAAUAUGCGGAUUUUAAUUUAUAUUUCAAACUAAUGUUCUCUAAUGUGUUGCAUAUGAUGUUAAACAGGAGGAGUCAUGGACCUGUUUCUGUGUUUAAAUGAUGUGCUUGGAGGUCUCUGCAAAUAUGAAUCCACCCAUUUUUUACUAUUAUAUUUACUUUUCUAGUUCCUUGAGUUGUAAUCCUGUUAAAACAGGAUACGGGUAGUUGGAAGACAAUAUAUAAACUAUUAUUUAAAGAAGUGGCCUGUCUAAAAAAAAAAAAAAAAACCAACAAAAAAACACUGCCUCUGCUUUUUUUUUUUGUAUAGCUUUAAUAAAUCUCCAUGUUUUGAAGGGUAUAUAAUAUUGGUGCAGUAGUGACAAGCAGUGAUUACUGUUUGUCUCUUUCAUUGUUUUUAUUGGGACUCUUCUGUUUUCAUAAAGACAGGGCUUUUAUCUUCUAUGCCUAAAUGUAUUACUCUUAGAUAGGUUUUAUUUCAGCUUGUGUUUUCAGCAGAAAAAUCUGUUCUUGGAUGGCACUGUAAAAGACAAAUCACCCUUGUAGAUCUUUUUAUUUUUCUGAAAUCAGAAUGUCAAUGCAUUUGCAGGUCACCUGCAGAAUAUCCAUAGAUGCCUCACUUACCAAUUUGUUUUCAGUAAUUUUACGAGGAUUGCUCUAUUACCUCAGUCUGCCACUAUCAGAAUCACAAGGUGACCAUUGCCCUUAAUUAAAACAUCCAGAGAUUUCAUUGUGAACCAAAGCCUAGAACGUAUAUUAUGCAUUCUAAACAAAAACAAACGUCAAAAGAUGGUAUUAGACCUUGCUGCAGCCUUUAACUGGAGAGAUGUCCAGAAAAUAGCGCAAUAACUGCUGGAACAAACAACGUAACUGCUGUUUAUGUCAUUGUGAAGUAUUCUUGUGUUUUAAUGUUUACUAUUGUUUGGAGUGUAACAGUCUUGCAUUUGCACAUAAGCACGAGCUGCUGUGAUAGAGGAUAGACCAUUGCAUUAACUUCAGCUUCUGCAUGAACACUUACAAUGUGAUUCAAGAUGUAUCCUAAACUUGUCUUGUAACUCUUGUGUGUUUUCUAGGUAAUCGGCUGUAAAGGUUUAGAUCUGAUUGUAUGAAUGCAUAAAACUGCUGCUUUUGUCACUGAUACUUGUUAUUUAUCCCUUCUAUAUCCAGGGGAAGAUGGGUAUUUUUAUAGGGAUGGAGUGUAUUUUUAAGAACUGUUCCAUCCUUGGGGGAUUAGACAGAUUUUGCUUUGCAUAUUACGUGCUUCUCGACAAAAGUGUGGUAUGUUGACUUUAAUGAUUAAAUUCAUGUGCAUUCAAAUCUUCAUGGUACUGACAGAAAACUUACUGUGACUUCCGGUGACUAGUCAGAUGCUACCUACUGAAACACCAGUCAUCAGCUUUUUUAAACAUAUUUAUUAGACAAAACUGAAUUAGUUGGGUACUCAGAACUUUGGAAAGACUAUUAUGCAUAAACUUAACUGUUGUAUGUAAACUUCCAUUCUCCUGUGAUGCUGUUAGGCUUUAUACAAAUAAUAUUUGUAACGUCCAAGUAUUUAAAAGCAUUAUGAUUAUCUUAUUAAUUCGCUAAACUGUACUUUGGUUCUGGAGUGAAAUUCAGGAAGUGAUAGCCUCCUAACUUUGUGGGAAGAAAUGUGAAGUGCAAGAAGCCAUGCUGUUAUUAACCAAAUAAAAUUAUCAGUGACAGUAUUUCAAUGUGUAUCUAAGAACAUGGAAAACAAAACAAAGUUCAUCCUUAUUGCCCCAGCAGGUAACAAUGGUUGCUGUUUUGAGUUGUGUUGGGUGCAGUUGCUUGGUGCCAGUGCUAAAUUGGUACAACUAUAAAGCCUCAUUUUCACUGAGCCUCUGCUUGCUUUUUUUCUGCACAAUCAUGUAAUCCUCUGUGUUUGGUCUUUGAGUACUACAUGUGUAUUUUUCAGACAAUUAGUUUCGAGCAAUAAAGUUUGAUAUUAUAAAA